UUUUCACUAACAGUGCCAGCUAUAGUCAAAUGAUCUCAAUUCGCAUAUUAACACGAACCGUUCUUUUCUUCUUCUGUUUCUUCUUUCUCUCUCUUUCUCUUUGUUCUCUACAUUCACUGAUUAGCGUGUCAAGUCAAUCAAUCAGUCAAUGGAAUCGCGAUUCGGACAAGUGUAGGAAAAGAAUCCUUUGCCGUUUUCUCUCCGUUGGUGCUGCCUGCGUGGCUGCUCGCCCGUUAUUUAUUUAUUUAUUUUCCCAUUCAGACAUUUCAGCACCAUCAGGAAGAGACAGCGACCGUUUUGCUCCGAGAGCCUGAAAAAAUGUGCAGCUUGCAUUUCAACGGGAUUAUUUACAGAUUUACCCUGAGGAAUUAAUGCAACAACCGCAAUCAGGAAACCCGUCAACUUGCGUCUUAUUUUGAAUAUAUGAAGUGAAAACAUUUUCUCGUGUUUCUCCGCAUAUAUUUUUGUUUCUUUCUGUCGCUUCUUAUUACUGUGCAUAAGACACUUGCUGCGACUCUUGCGUUGGGGGAAAAAAGGAGGAAAAUGGGUACCCAGUCCCGGAGCGAUUUACUAGCGAGUGUGCAAGACUUGUAAUCUAAAUGGAUAUAGUACUGGAUAGCUGAAGAUUGAAGGAAUACAGGAAGAAAUACAUAAAUACAGGUUUCUAAAUAUAUACCACCACCUGUUAACAAGAAACCUCAGCUGGGUUGAUUUGAAACAAGCAACUGGCUGAUCAGCAUCAUGAGCAAGAAGGACGUUUUCCUCAAGGAUAACUUGGCCACUUUGGAAUAACUGAAUGGAAACACAUCACCCACUCAGUCAUCCAAUAUUUGAUCUUCAAGGAGACAAGACGAAAGCCCAAAUUAUAACAGCAGGCAUGAUGAAUCUACUUUAAGGAAAGGUUCACAUUCCUCACUGUGCCAUAGCACAUGGAUUUCAGGACUGCCAGUGAGGAGACAAAGACUGGGGUUUACUUGCUACAGGAUGGUAAUCAGGAAGCCUUCAAUGUUCGACUGCACUUAGCUAAAGACAUUUUGACUAUUCAGGAACAGGAUGUUAUCUGUGUAUCUGGUGAACCAUUUUAUUCUAAUGAAAGAACAGUGACAAUCAGAAGACAAGCUAUUGGAGGAUUUGGUCUCAGUAUAAAGGGUGGUGCUGAACAUAAUAUUCCAGUUGUCAUAUCAAAAAUUUCCAAAGAACAAAAAGCUGAACUUUCUGGACUGUUGUUCAUUGGGGAUGCAAUUCUUCAAAUUAAUGGAAUAAAUGUCAGAAGUUACAGGCACGAAGAAGUGGUGCAAGUAUUGCGAAAUGCAGGAGAAGAAGUCACGUUAUUGGUUUCUUUCUUGAAAAAGACACCAGCCUUUCUUAAAUUGCCUCUAAGUGAAGACUGCACAUUUCCUUUAUUUUUUGCAGGUGCUCCCAGUGAUCAAAGCAGUGGGACAUCAUCACCGCUCUGUGACAGUGGCCUGCAUCUAAACUACCAUCCCAAUAAUACAGACACAUUAUCUUGUUCAUCAUGGCCAACGUCUCCAGGUAUGAGGUGGGAGAAGAGAUGGGUUGAUCUACGAUUGAUUCCCUUGCUUCAUUCUCGUUUAUCUCAGUAUUUACCAGGCACUGAUAUUGCAAGGCAAAAUUCAUUUCAAGUAAUUGCAGUUGAUGGUGUAUGCAGUGGGAUAAUUCAAUGCCAGACUGCUGAAGACUGCUUAGAAUGGCUACAAGGAAUAGCAGCUAAUACUACAACUCUCACAAAGCACAAUAUUAAAAAGAUCAACAGAAAUUUCCCAGUGAACCAGCAGAUAAUCUACAUGGGCUGGGUAGAGGAACGGGAACAAGACUCUCUGCAGGACAGAAUGUACACUCCAAAAUUUCUUGCCUUGAGAGGAUCUUCACUCUUCAAAUUUGCAGCACCUCCGGUCACAACAUGGGACUGGACCAGAGCAGAAAAAAGCUACACUGUAUAUGAGAUAAUGUUCAAAAUUUUAAAGGACAGUGACCUGCUGGACCAGCGAAAACACUGUUUCAGUGUUCAAACAGAGACUGGAGAGGAUAUGUUUUUCAGUGUGGAGUUAGACUCUGAAUUAACUAUUUGGGAAAAAGCGUUCCAGACUGCAACCUUUCUGGAGGUUGAAAGAAUACAGUGUAAAACAUAUGCUUGCAUAAUGGAAAGUCACCUUAUGGGUCUUACCGUAGACUUCAGCUUGGGAUUUGUAUGCUUCGACGCAGCUUCAAAGGCUGUGCUUUGGCGUUAUAAAUUUUCUCAGCUGAAAGGUUCUUCAGAUGAUGGAAAAAGCAAGAUCAAAUUUUUAUUUCAAAAUCAGGACACCAAACUUAUUGAAGCCAAGGAACUGGAGUUUUCUAAUCUUUUUGCUGUGCUACACUGUAUUCAUUCAUUUUUUGCUGCCAAAGUCGCUUGCCUGGACCCUCUAUAUGUGGGCAGUCAGGGUGCUGCUGGAGUCACCAAUACUGCUUGUGCUGCUGCCACAGGGAAAAUCAAGUACUCCACCUAACAGGCUCUGAACUGUGCAAUCUGUUUCCAGAAGUUUGCUGCUACUACAGCCCAUAAAUAUUCAUCAUAUCAUAGCCUAGAGGGAACUGGGAUUGAAGUAGCCAAUUCAGAAUCAUCUCUCUGGUUGGAUGG